AUGUUGUUCAUGGGCCUCAGAGGCGGCGGACGCUGCCUCAACAUGGGGUUGCUCUUGUCCCUCCUGAUUGCCAUUGCCAUUCUCUCCGGGCUUGCACAGGCGCAUCCCGAUGUGAGAUUCCCGCCGCGAAACAUUGCCAAAAGGGACACGGGCGCAUUGCACCCCUUCGCGAAAUACAAGAACAUAGCACUGGCACCCAAUGCGACGACCACAAGCACAGCGCCCACGGCCACGCGCGCACCUUUGGAAUGCUUCCAGGUCGCCGAACCGGUGCUGACGCCCGCGGGCAUCACGCCCCGCGAUACCAGCCGUCCGCCCGCGGCCAAUCAGGUCUCGCUUGCCUACGACAUCAAUGUUGCUGAGGAGGCGUCCUGUACGGUCGUGCUGAUGGAUCACACUUUCGAAAACAGCUAUGGAGCUCCCUUCGUUGGCAAUUAUACACCUCCCGACUGUGACUUCGACACCGUGGUCAUCAACUUCACCAUGCAGGUGAAAGGCCGUCAGUACGAUCGGACGGGAGUCAUGUACUUGGGAGACACCGAGGUAUGGCGGACAUCAACAGCCGAGCCGACAUCGUAUGGUAUCCGCUGGGUGUGGCUCAAGGACAUGACGCCGUUCACGGCCCUGUGGAAAGAGCCGCAGACCAUUAUCUUCGACCUCGAGAAUAUCGUGAAUGAUAUCUAUACUGGUCUUCUCAACGCGACUCUCACAGCGACCUACUUCACGAGUCCUGAGUCGGUAGGCCGAGCCGACCAUCCGUCUGCUGAUAUGAUCAUACCAAUCUCGGAGCGGAUGGGGUCUACGGGAGAACCAAGUCAGUUCACCUAUCCGGAACAGAACGCUACCAACGCGGUCAGCUUCCCGCGCAAUGUCAAUCGGGCGGUGUUCUCAGUCGACGUCAAAGGUCAAGGCAACGAGGAGUUCUGGUGGAGCAACGUGCCUGAGAGCGCCAUCCACACCUUCGAUGCAGUGUACGGCACAUACCCAGGAUACUCACCCUUCCGCGAGGUCCAGGUGCUGAUCGACGGCAACCUUGCUGGUGUAUCAUGGCCGUUCCCAGUCAUAUACACCGGCGGCGUAGUCCCGCAACUCAACAGACCCAUUGUCGGUAUCGACGCCUUCGACCUGCGGGAGCACGAGAUCGACGUCUCGCCAUGGCUUCCCCUGCUCUGCGACGGAAACGAGCACACCUUCGCCGUCAAGAUAGUGGGACUAGACGAUGACGGCGUCUCCACCGCCGUCCUGUCCUCAACCACGGAGAGCUCCUGGUACAUAACGGGCAAGAUCUUCCUCUGGCUCGACGACGCCGACUCCAUCACGACCGGCACGCUGGGCGCCCUUUACACCGGCGCCCCCACCAUCGCCUUCUCGCAGAGCUUCGGCCAGAACGCGACGGGCGGCAACGAGACGCUCGACUACGACAUCGCGGUCUCGCGCUCUUUGUCGUUCAGCUCAUACGUCAAGACCCAGAACCAGGAGGGCACGGCCACCUGGUCGCAGUCGCUGUCGUACACCAACGUCGGCGGCGUCUCCGGCUACGGCAACAACAACCUGAACAUCUUCAGCAUCGCGGGCACGGACACCGCGACCGGCCUUGGGCAUUCCUACGCGAGCACCUACGCCUACCCGCUCUCCAGCAACAGCACGGCCACGUACCUGCCCGCGGGCAACCUGACGCUGUGGGCGCAGCUGGACCAGGGGCUGGACCUCGAUGUCCGGGGCGACUCCGUCUUCCCCAGCGGUAUCGAGGCGUUCGCCGCCGCCGACACCUCGCUAAGGGGCGCAGGCUCGGUGCUGAGCACCUGGCGGAACGGCACGGCGACGUAUGAGCGGCCGGCGGACAAUAGCUACAGCACGGGCGUCGGGCAGACGCGUCAGAUCUUUUCGUUUGCCGCAGCGGCAGCAGCUGCGGGGAAUGUUAGCGCGGCGGCCGCCGCUCGAUCUUACACAACCUCCCCAUACCACCACCCCCUAUCGCUUUCCACCCCCAUGAUCCUCCACCGCCCCCUCCCUAUCCCAAGUCUCCCUCUCCAGACCCUCAACCUCCCUCACAAGCCCCCAUAUCCGCUCCCUCGCCCAGCGCACCCUCUCCUCCUGCAAGCUACACGUCCGCUGGAACAUAUCCAGCGCGAACUCCGGGACGGCGGUCUUCCGGCCCUGCCGGUAGUCAUAAACCACGACGUCCUCCUCGGUGCGCGCGGCGACCCGCCGGUGGCGGUGCGAGAGGAUGACGCAGUCGAGGACGAGGGAGGUGUCCGAGUCCGAGGGAGGAGAGCGCAGCUUGUGGUAGACGGAUAUGGUGUCGGG